GAGACAGGAGCGAUUCGGCGCCGCUGCCGCUGCCGCGAAGCCUCACAAGGGAUAACAUCGAAGGCUAAGCUGCAGCAAUGACGAAAGAGUCGGCGGAGACCGAUGCCUUCGUAGAGAAGCAGACGCUCGCGUCUCAGAUCAUGCGCGCCUCGGAGGGCGAGCCGCCGGUCCUCGCCAAGGUGGCCAACACGCUCAAGCCGCUCGCGAAGCCGAUCGGCUUCAUCGCACGGCUGCUGAUUGACUACAUCGGCCCCUUCUACCUGAAGCUGGGCAACCUCGGGUUCGAGCUGUACCAGAGGCUGCCCAAGGAGGCGAUCCAGACCCUCGCCGGCCUCGCGCUCACCUUUUGUGGCGGCGGAUACACCGCCUCCAUCUCAGCGGUCAAGGCGUUCCAGGUCUGCGGCUGGGACAGGACAGAGGCGGCGCUGAUCGACAUCGGCAAGGACGUGCAGGCGGUGUGGGCGGCGAACGUGAGCGACAGCAAGAAGCACGACGACGCGGCGCACCUCGAGAAGGGCGACAUCGACUCGAACGAGCUCCUCUCGCGCAAGCUAGCUGUCUCUGCGCAGGCCGCCGUCAAGGACCCGGAAAAGCUGUCGGCGGCGCUCGGCGGGCUGAUGACGUCGUGGAUCGCGGUGCAAGGCAUGCUGCGCAUCGAGUUCGCAAAGACGAUCGCCCUCGGCAUCUCCAUCUCGGGCAUGAUCGCGCCGCUCGCGCAAAAGGUCGCCGUGCCCUUCCUGGUGCACACGCUGCCAAAGGAGUACCACAACUGGAUACAGUUCGUCAUCAAGAACGCCUCGCGCUCGAUCGGCUGCUUCAUCGCGUGGAAGCUGCAGGAGGUUGUGUCGGCGGCGCACUUGGCGAUGGUGGGCGGGCUCAUGUUUGCGCGCGGGCUGAUGGCGUGGGUGCGCAACAAGGGGUACACCUCGAUCCCGGAUGAGGCCGACACCAAGCUGGACGAGGUGGUGGGCUACUCGAUCGCGGGGCUGGGCUUCUACUCGCAGCUCAAGUACGGCUUCUCGCUGCCCUUCCCGCUCAACUGGAUCUUCUUCCCGCUCGACAUCGUCGAGUGGUACAUCCGCUGGACCUUGACCUCGUAGCGCAGUGGAGGAGGCUGCUGGUCGCUUUGCGCCCCUCUGGAGCGCGAGGCUUGGCGCGGAGCCUAGGGCGGAGCCGCACCGCGCCAGCGGCCCGUGUCGUAGGUCGCGAGACGAGACCCACCUUUGUAUGAUCAGGAGAGAGGAGAGAGGGAAGAGGCAUUUGUCCGUGUCUCAGCGUGUGCUCGAACGUGCGACACGAGUGUGAUGAGUUCAUGAGAUAGCGGGGCGAGGGAGAGAGGCCUGUCCGUGUCCGCUUCACCUCAUCAUCUUGUAGACCCCAGCCACGUCAUAUUGUCCCCAUGGUUUUC